CGAUUAGCCACCAUUUCUUCUCUAUUACAUUUGAAUUGUUGCCAUUCGGAAACGCGAUCCCUUGCGAACCCGGAUCCUGUUCGUACCGCGAAUUGGAUCGGACGAACCAAAACGAAAAUCAUGCCAUGACCAGCGAAUUAUGUGACUAUGCUCGGGCCCAACAAAUCGCCCCGAGUGCGCCUCGCGCCUUUAAUAACUAUGCUCGAUCCGUCAAGAUGAGUCUCUUAAAUAAAAGAAAAAAACCAGAACCUAAACAAGCUGGUGGUCUACCUGAAUUAGACCGUAAAGUACUCGAAGUCAUCAAAAGCAAAAAAGAAAUGGCGAUCUGGACAAGGGACUUGAAGACCGAAACAAAUUUAACAGAUGCGGCUAUCAACAAGUGUAUCAAGAACCUUCUAAACUCAUCACACAUAAAAGAAGUUGUUCAUGUGCAACAGAAGGGUAGAAAACACUACAUUGCAGCCGAGUUUGAGCCAUCAAAGGAAAUCACAGGCGGUUCAUGGUAUGUUAACGGUGAUCUUGAUACGACAUUCAUUGAUGAACUCAAAAACCUUUGUUUAAAGAUAAUUCGGAAGUUAAAGGUUGCAACGGCUGAUGGAGUGUAUGAUUUUUUCAAGGCGAACAGGCUGACAAACACAGAGUGCACGAGCCAGCAAGUAAGUGAGAUAUUGCGGUCUAUGGUUUUGGAUAAUAUGAUUAUAGAUGUUAAAAGCACUGGGUUAGGGGAGUAUCAUUCAAUUCCUGUUGGUCAAGUGUGUUAUAGAUGUCCACCUGGCGAUCUUAAUAAGGGUCCGAAAACAGGGGCUUUGGUUUCGAUUCCUUGUGGGAUUUGUCCAAGAAUCAGAGAGUGCACACCGGAUGGACUUAUCUCUCCGACUACCUGUGUUUACUACACCAAAUGGUUAGAUUUCUGAUGACGUCAUGUUUUCAGUUGCGGAGGUUUGAUUAUGGUUGUCAUUUAGGUGCUUGAUUUCUUGAUCUUUGCUUUUAAGCUCGUAUACUGUUUGAUUUCAUCCAAUAAACUCUGUCCAUCUUUUUUUUUUUUUUUGAGUUAGGGUUGGAUGAACUUUGGUGAGGUUAAUGAUAUUUGUUAAAUAGUUUACUAUUUCUUACUUUUGUCA